AUGUCGUCGCGCGCCACCUCCAUCGCUUGGCGAGCCAGCCUCCGGGCUCGCACGCCUUCCGCUUCACGCUGGUCUCGGCAGCCAUCGACGCUGCUUCCGAAGCGCUACCCCGGUGCGGUGCGAUAUGCUUCCGAGUCGGCGCCGGUGCAGCAAGCAGCUGCUGAGACAGUUAAGGAGGCUUCGAAGGAGAUCCCUAAGAAAGCUGGCCGUGGGUCCCGGAAAGCUUUGUAUGGUACUUCUCUGGCGGUUGUCUUGUUGGUGGGCUAUAUCUAUGGAACGGAUACUCGAGCGAGCAUUCACCGCUACGCCGUUGUUCCUCUGAUCCGGCAGCUGCUCCCGGAUGCGGAGGAUGCGCAUCAUAUCGGUGUUGACACUCUGAAGCUCCUCUAUCAGUAUGGGCUUCACCCUCGCGAACGGGGUAACCCAGACAGCGAUGGUGUUUUGGCUACUGAGGUCUUCGGAUACACCCUCUCCAACCCCAUCGGUAUCUCUGCCGGACUUGACAAGCACGCCGAUAUCCCCGAUCCCUUGCUCGAUCUUGGCCCAGCCAUCGUCGAGGUCGGUGGAACUACUCCCUUGCCACAAGAUGGUAACCCUAAGCCUCGCGUGUUCCGUAUCCCCUCGCAACACGCCAUGAUCAACCGCUAUGGCCUCAACUCGAAGGGCGCGGACCACAUGGCCGCCGUCCUGAAGCAGCGUGUGCGCGAUUUCGCCUACGCUGUCGGCCUGGGCGAUCACGACCUCGCCGAGCAGCGCGUGCUGGACGGCGAGGCCAACGUGCCCCCGGUUGCAAAGAACAAGCUCACCCCCGACGGCGACAUUGACGCGAUUGCGCGUGACUACGUCUACUGCGUCGACCGCGUCGCGCGCUACGCUGACAUUGUUGUCGUGAACGUCUCCAGCCCCAACACCCCCGGCCUGCGCGACCUCCAGGCUGCGGCCCCGCUCACUACAAUCUUGACAGCCGUCGUGGGCGCCGCCAAGAAGGUUGAGCGCAAGACGAAGCCCUACGUCAUGGUCAAGGUCAGCCCCGAUGAGGACUCGGACGAGCAACUCUCCGGUAUCUGCGAGGCAGUCUGGAACUCGGGCGUCGACGGUGUCAUUGUCGGCAACACGACAAACCGCCGCCCCGAGCCACUGCCCAAGGGCUUCGUCCUUCCCGCUCACGAGCAACAAACUCUCAAGGAGACUGGAGGCUAUUCAGGCCCGCAGUUGUUUGGCCGACUGGUGUCGCUCGUUGGCCGUUACCGAACCAUGCUAGACCAGGGUCCUCCUUCGCAGGCGACCGAACAGAAUGGUCCUGCUGAUGGUGAGAAUGUGCCUGCGGAUGCAGCGAGCCACCCGCACAAGGUGCUUUUCGCUUCUGGUGGCAUAACCACUGGCCAGCAGGCGAAGCAGGUUCUGGAGGCUGGUGCCUCGGUCGCGAUGAUGUAUACUGGCGUGGUUUACGGUGGUGUUGGCACUGUGACGCGAGUGAAGCAGGAGCUGCGGGAGGAGCUGCAGAAGAAAUGA